UAGUACUGUACGUCUCCAAAAGUUUCUUUGUUUGGGCGCAGUCACUUUUUCCACGAUUGCCUGCGUUCAACACGAGACUAUCCACAGCCAUGACUCUUCAUUAAAUUCCUUCACCACAUUACCUGAUCGAUAACAUUGAUGGUACACAUCGCUAUGUCUCUUUGCGCCACCGUCUUCACGAUAUGCCAAACUUCCCUCCUUUCAAAGACAUCCGCGGUCCUGCUGUUAAUGGGUUGAGGGCUAGAUUCUGCCCAGUCCUACGACCCAGGACAAUUGAUGAGCGCGAAAUCAGAGAUUGGUUCAAUCCGAAAAUCCAUGCCUUGAGAGACAAGUAUUCCAAGGUCUCCUCCGACACACUUGAAUGGUGCGUUGUCGCCGCUACGAGCCAAAAGAAAGUUCCGAAAGCUGUUAUGCGCAAUCGAUUGAGGCGCCGAUGGGCCAACGCUUUCGCAGACAGCUUGCGAAGCAAUGGCUUUCAUUUCAACGGAAGAAGUCAAGCCGGGCCCAAAGAUGGGACAGAUGCUAGACCAGGCUUGACCGGCACUCUCGAGUUAUGCGUCUACAGUCCAAAUGGUCUGACUGUUCCCUACCACGAGCUGCUCAGGUCAACCAACAUGAUUGUCAAGACACUGAAGCAGGCAAGCCGUCGUCCAAGUCAAGUGCCCCGACCUGCUCCCGUGAGGUUCUGGACUGAAAAGAGCAGAGACGAGGCCAAACCGGCUUCUAAAACGGCAUGGUCAUUUGUGCAUGGUUACUAGUGGAGAAGAGAACCUGCCGGCCAAGAUCAUGGCAGACUCUGUGACUUUAUUGUGUAUGAUAAGAUACCCUGUACAAUCUUGGAAAUGCAAAGGAAUUCGUACCUCUUCUGAAUGAGAAGAACCACAAG